CGCUUUCGCUUUCGCCGCCGCCGCCGCCCCGGCUCCGUCGGCCGCUGGGGGCCCGGCCAGGCCCGGCCCGGUGCAUGGGGCUGCGGCCGCGGGCCGCGCCGAGCCUGGGGAGGCCGCUGAGGCGCCGCGGAGCCCCGCGCCUCCGGGAUCCGGCCCGGCGGACCAUGCGCCUGGUUUUUGCCGUUGUGCUGGUCAUGCAGCUGGAUCGCGUGGAGGCCUUGGCCUGCGGGCUGGGAGAGUAUCCCGUAGGCGCCGAGUGCUGCCCGAUGUGUGCUGCCGGACUUCGGGUUUUCAAGCAUUGCACUGCAAAUUCCAGCACGACAUGCAUACCUUGUGUUGAGGAUACGUACACAGAUCAUCCCAAUGGUUUAGAACACUGCAGGAAAUGUAAGCUGUGUGAUAAAGGAGCCAACCUAGUGCCAGAGGUAGCAUGUACCUAUACGAAGAAUACCGUGUGUGGCUGUCUGCCUGGGUAUUUCUGCAGUUAUUUGGGGACUGAAGACUGUGAACUUUGUCAGCGCUACACUGUCUGCUUUCCUGGCAGUAUGGUAAAAGAAAGGGGCACAAAGACCACGGACAAUGUGUGUGAAGCCUGUCCUCCUGGAACCUCCUCAACAGCCAACAUGUCUUACAGUUGUACACCGUGGCCCACAGUUCAGGACAAUGGCCGGGUACAAGGAGACGACAGGAACCCUUCCUCAAAUCCCUCUGUUACAGCAAUUGUUGGUUCUGUUGUUGGAAUCGUGCUAGUUGUUGCAGCUGCCCUUACAUAUAUCUGGCAAAGGAGGAAAAGGAAAAAUUACGUGCCACCGGUGCAGGAAUCAGGGACUGGACAGCAGGGUCAGGCUUUGAUAUUAACCAUGGAGAGUGGGAAUCAAACAACUGUUCCUGUGCAGGAAACGGCUGCUGACCCUGAAGAAACCGGGCCUGAAUAGCCAUUUUUGUUUGAACUAUUGUAGCCAAUGAAGUUGGCUUUAAAAAAAAAACAAAAAACCAACCACAACCUCCCCUCCCCCGAAACCCAAAACACCCUGACAAAAAAAUCUCAACCUUUCUUCCAAAUAUUCAUGGAGAAAAAAGACAGCUUGAAAAUGAAAAGGAGGAUCUGCAGAGGAGCUCAGGAAAUAGCCAAGUGGCAUCUUCUGAGGCAUCAAAGUUUGAAAUAGCUGAGCGAUCGAGGUAUUGGUCAGUAUCGUCAGAGGUUGUAAAGCUCUUUCCUUGCUUUAUGGAGCAGCGGCCUGUGUGGUACGCCUGGAAUUUCUUUCUUACUUACCAACUUGGACAGUUAUCACCUGAUAUGCAUGUCAUUAUUCCAAGAUACGUUUGUUGGUGGAAAAAAAUAGCUCUUUUUCAUUUUAAAGAUUCCACAUAAGUAAUAUAUAACACGUUUUCCAAAUGCAUUUUGUACAAGUUUUUCCUUUUUGGAAAUGAAGAAAAUACUGAUGGGAAAAGGAAUCUUGCACAGCAAGAAACAUUUAGCUUUUAGUAAUGUUGUGAAUGACAUAUAGACAACUACUCUCUUUUGCUAGUCACAUCUGCUCUAAUCUGCAAUCAUGUGUUACGACAAAGAAAGUUAAGGUCCUACGUGAACAUUAUGUCUAGAAAUAAAGUUCUUACUAACGAAACCACAUUCUCUCUGUAAAAGAACUUUCCUGUUACCUGAAGAAGGGAGAACACCAAGUUGCUUGGCUGUUGGCAUUAUCUUGAGGAAAAGCAUUAUUCUUAAAGAGCAUCAUGGUGAACGUAGAUUUCUGAAGAAGGAUUUGGUGAGGAUAGUAAUGCUUAAUUUAUCAGCUGAGCCUCAGGUGAAGAAUUGUAUAUAAAAUGAGAUGGGGAAGAAGAUGGAGAGAGGCAUGGAGAAGGCACACGAUGGGUGCAGUGGGACACCUGGGAGGAGGCUCUGGGGCUGAUGGAAUGAACAGAUACUGAGAUGUACUGUGAAAGCAUCAGGGUGAAAGCAUCAGAAGCCUGUUUUGCACAGGCUGCAGAAGGAACUGUUAGUGGAAAUGGAGAGAGGCUGACAUGGCAGGUGUCUUUGCAUUUCUAUUUCGAAUUACUCUAAGGAAAAGCAGAGGAGUAGAAGGGAGACGGGAGAAGAGCUUGCAGUAGUUGACACAGGUUGCCUGUGUUUUUGCUGCACUAAUGCAGUCCCUCUGAAUUCAUGUUCACCCAGGCCACGGAUCUAGAGACCACAGCUCUUUGACCAACGAACUUGCAUACCUCUUCCCCACGUGACUAUGAGGAAUAGAAGAAAAUGGGAAAUGGUUGUCUUUUUGCUUAGGGAAAAUGUGAUAGACAACUUCUUCAUAUUUUUUAUAAAACUCUGUUAGUUUGUUCAGCAGAAUUAGUUCUGUAUUUUUUUGCAAAAUAAGGUGACAUUGCAGAAACUCAACAUGUUUUAUAAGAAUGGCUACAGGUAGCUGUACAAAAGUACAGCUCUAUUGUAAAAUCAAGCUGCAAGCGACGGAAAGUUAAAGCUUUUAGAGAAUGAUUUAAAAUUCCUUUUAAAAUUUCUGCUGUAUACAUGCAGAUCUGUCCAUGAAGAAAUACCUUCUGUUAAAGUUCUAAAAAUAAAAAUGUUGUUGUGAUUUUUUUAAUGUUUUUUAAAAGUCCCAAUAAAAGUCAUGUUUAUGAAAACCUUUACAUUGCAGUAAUCACGGAAGGGCAAACUGUCCACAAUUUCUUUUACUUCUAGCUGUCUUUAUAUAAAAAAGGAUGCCCACAGUAUUUACAAUCCCAAUGUCAAAGUUUGAAAGUAUCUUAAAGUAAAAGAGAUACAGACUUCGUUGAUUCUUGUGUGUCUCCUGAGAGUCACACAAAAAGAACUUAACAAGCCCUGACUUUAUUGCAUUUUUAGAAUCAGUUUUAUUUUCGGUGGUCAAAUAUGUGACAAGUCAGUAAGGCAGUUCUAACAUCAUUCUGAAAAUAUCAGUGGCACCCAGCAAAUACAUUACUGUUUUUUGAGUUUGCCAGUUUUGUGGCUGGUCUGAUAUGACUUCCUGAAUACGUCACCACGAACAGUAAAGAUAUUCAUUGGGCAAACGCAACUUUUUUUUUUUUUCCCCUGACCUUUUUUUCUCUAGAUUAGUUCUUUGGUAGCUGGUUAAUGUUUCCUGGGGUUGGAUCUUUUCCAACAUUUGGCUGACUGUAGAAUUUGCUAAUUGUUAACCUCUGCUUGUUCCUCUACAAUACUUGCGUGUGAAGGGUUACUUCCACUGUUUGGUAAAAAGCUUUCUUGAGCAAACUUUCAAGGUAAAACCAAAACCCCAAAUGGAGAGAGUUUAGGGAACAGUGACAAGGAAACCUCAGCCUUCUCUGUGCUAGAUGCCAAUCUUGGGGAGUUGGAGCCUGGUUUGUCACCAGGUGGCAGCAUGGGAAAAGGAAAGACUUCAUGUUCCUCAUUCUGGAAAACAUCGGAAUCUCUCUUCUUUUCCUAAGUGGAGAAAAAGACCGUCUUGUACAAGGCUCCCCAGGUGACUCUGUUCCUUUGAAAAUAACUGUAAAGUCAUCGCAGCUGCUGAAGAAAGUAUGAAACCUCAGCGCAAUGAAGAGGCCUACAUCUGACAACAAAAAACAGGAGCAUGAAAUAUCUAAGCAAAAAUGAAGCUGGCAAAGACUGUCUUUGUUCUGUUACUCUAUUUGCAGUAAACUUGCCUUUUUGCAUUAAUGGUCUUGUAUGAUAGCUGGACCACUGUAAGUAUGAAUAAGUGUUAUAUGUAGAAGAUACUGUGCCAGAUUCUAUCCUUGAAUUUGUGAUAUUGUUCAUAUUGGCAAUCAAUAGUUUGUGUUAUUUCUUUUUUUGCCCUUCAUAUGUUGUCUCUUGGAUUUUACAUUAAAAAGUUCCUCCUGAAAUUCGCUUCUUUUUUCUGAUAUUCUGCUGCUAAAAGAAGCAGGCUACCUAAUUUUUCUGUUCCUAAAGAAGAAUUCCAAUUGUAGUUUAUCCUGAGGUACUGUUACUGGCACUUAAUAGACAAGUUAAACUAUUGAACAGUGUAGUAUUUAAAAUGUCACCCUCUUCUUAACAACCCUAGAACAAAAACAUUUUCACGAUGGCAGGCAAACUACCUGAACUUGUUACGAAAUCUGUGAUUGUCAGGCUAAUCUAGACGUAACUCUUAGGAUGGAUCUCUGAGCGGAAGCUGCAAAAGGACUUGUAUGGUCACAGCAGAGCAGGACUCCCCUGAGGAGUCCUAGGAUAACUCCUUUUUCUCAGAACAAGCUGAGAAAAUAGGUGUCUAUUACUGUGAUAUGUAGGAGGCAAAUACUAAAGGCACCUCAGGCCGGGACACUUCUCUUGGCGAGUCCGUGGCACUGUAAACACUUGGCUUCUAAAGGCAUGUGGAGACAGAGGAAAGAAACGUACUUUGGCGCACUUAGCUUACUGGAAGUGCCACAUGAAAAUACCAGCUACACAAGGGAAGCAGUUUUUAUUACCUGACUAUGAAUUUAGCUUUACUGUAUGCAUGCAAUCUGGCAUGGAAAAUCUGAGUAAGUGAAGAUGGACAAAACACAGUUAAAUACAGUUUAUUUUGCCUGCCACCAUACACAAAUAAUUAAAUAACAAAAGCUGAUUUAUCAGAGCACUUGACUGUCUUGUAACCAGUCAUUUAAUGUUAAAACAAAUUAAAAUCCUUCCAAUAGGAAACAGUAGUCAAAUGAUGAACAUCAGUUUUAAAUGUGAUGAGAAAGGUGAACCUCACUUAAUGGCCAGAACAAAGCUUGGACAGGAUUUCGUACUAAGGAAGGUUGUAGAUCAUGUCAAUUUUUAUUGAUAAAGCGCAAUUUAGAAGAAUAAAGUCCCUAGCCUAUUACAUGUAUAAUCCAAUCCAGGGGCAAAUGCAAACCUAGUCUGCAUGACAGUCAGUUUUAACAAGGCAUGGGACGUGAGCAUUUGGUUAAUUCAAGAGCAAAAACUCUUUUAAAGUGAAUAAAAACCAGAAUAGAACAUAAUUAGACUUGUCUUCAACAUCCAGUUGCAAACAUCUUACAGCACUGCUGUUAUGUAGAACUUAGGCUUCAUAAUUCUCACCAGAUCGCGGAUAUAUUGGCCUCUUACCUCUCAAAUGAUGGUAGGCAGAAAAUAAUAUAAUUGGCAUGAAGCCUUUUAAGGACAUCAGAAUCUCACCAAUCUGCUGCUGCAUCUGUAAGCUCUAUCUACAUGGUUCUAGUCCUGGAUGGAGCCAAAAGCUCAUGGUUAGUCAUAGUUUGAGUUGAACCUUAAUUAAUGUCUAAAUUAGUUACUGUCCAUCUCUGUUUUACAGUCUGUGUUAUCUCCUAACUAGCUUUAACUUGUAUCCACUUUGUUAAUCUUUGAGUCGCAUGGAUGAUUUACUGUGAUAUUAUAUGAAAUUGCUUCUGUUGUGUUUUAGUAGCAUUACUAAGUCUGACUUCAAAAGGUUCUGGUGUUCAGUAUCAGAGAGAACUGGAACUUAACAAAACGGACAAGCAUUAAGUGUAGCAAAACUACUGUGAAUUUGUGUGUUUUGUAUUCUAAACUAAUCCAGCUCUGAGGUAAAGUACCAGGAACACACAGUACCUUAUCUGACUAUCUAACAGGAAAUAAACAUCUCAUUAUGUGUCUCAGUACAACCAAAAGUUUUAAUACCUGAAGCACUUUAAACUGUAUGGAGGCGUGAGCAGGACACAAACGUGUCAGGUUCUGUACCUCCAGGCUUCCUUUAAGAGCUUUUAAGUCACUUAAAGGGGAGCUUAAUCCUAGCGUUGAAUAUUGGAACUUUUUUUUUUUUAAAGGGCUCUCAGAGCUUGUUAGUGCACUCUCCUAGUCACCAUUUUUUUGUUGUUUUUUUUAGUGUCGGUCAAUCCUAAGGUUUUCAGGCACUUAUAGAUGUGAAUCCAACAAUUCCCGUCUGAAAAAAAUAGCCUUUCCUGCCACUUAAUCUGCCUUGAAUCGGCAUCUUUGUUAGAAUUAAUGUGGUCAAGUGCAAUUCUCCUCAGGUAACAGACAUAGCUGAAAUAAACACAAAACCAAAAUGUAAUUCACGUUGCAUUCCCCUGAAGAGGUCUGUAUAUAUAGUCAUGUGAGGUGCAGCAUAGAAAAGAAUUAGAUGUGAAACACUUUUUGUAUUACUAUUAACUGCGUUGAAAGCCAAAUUCUAUGCUUUGUGUAAUAUUUGUUUGCAGUAGGCAACUGCUGGUGGGUGCUGAACAGUCUGUUCUUAGUCUUUUGAAGAGAGAUUAAAUAAAUACACUUGUAACUAAA